GGAUUUUGAACACCGGGUUAUCAUUUUAAGUAACUCUAAUGCAGUGUGUGAUGAAAAGUGCCACUCGCUGGUGACAGAUCCUUGCAGAACAGAUGAGAGACAAGACUGCUUGCCUUCUAAGUGAUAAGAAAAAAGUGAUGAAUCCAAAAUCCCUUUAAAGCCAACUAUAGCAGGAUAAGUUUAAGCCUGGUGUAAAUUACGUAUUAUUUUGGGCCAGAUAAGAAGAUAAGAGUGGAAGCCCCCACCCCUCCUUCCCUGGUCAUCUUAUAUAUAUCACAGAUUUUAUGGAAAUGAAAUCUCCUGUCCUCUUACUUCCACGUGAAAGAAAUCAUAAUAAACAAUUGCUCUGAGUAAGUACGGAUGGAUAGGAUGCACUGUGGAUGUGCCUCAAACUCUUAUUGGAUAUCAGGUUUGGCAUUCCCAGACUGGGCAUACAAGGCAGAGUCUAGCCCUGGCUCACGUCAGAUUCAGCUAUGGCACUUCAUCUUGGAGCUGCUGCAGAAAGAGGAGUUUCGUCACAUCAUUGCCUGGCAGCAAGGAGAAUACGGAGAGUUUGUCAUCAAGGAUCCAGAUGAAGUGGCCAGACUGUGGGGCCAGAGGAAAUGUAAACCCCAGAUGAACUAUGACAAAUUGAGCCGGGCUCUUAGAUAUUAUUACAACAAACGAAUUCUGCACAAGACAAAAGGGAAGAGAUUUACUUAUAAAUUUAACUUCGGUAAACUGGUGUUUGUUAACUAUCCUGCGGCAAUGCUGGGGAGCAGCAUGUGCCAUACAGCUGCGCUGCCAUCAGGUGUUCAGAGAGAGGUGUUGCAUAAUACCAUCCUUGCGCACAAGCUCGUGGCCAACCAACUUGCCUGCCGCAGGCUGCUCCACAAUCCAGUGGAAUAUGACAGCAACUCAAACAGGAACCCAUUGGGAAUAAGCAGGCAUAGCAUCAUGUCUACUUCAUGCUUUCCUGGAACUUGCUGUAAUUUUGAAAGCAGUAGGCGCUUAUAUUUAUCAGCCUCACCCUCUCAGCACAGUACUGAGUUACCUCUUCAACCUAGUCGAUCUCUCUACUUACCUGCUCAAGUUCUAUCGGGCACAACCGAAUGGCAGCUAUGUGCAAACCGCCUGAUCCAUCAAGGACUACAUAACAGGAUAACUGGAGGAAUUGUUUCUAACCCCUAUCUGGGGCAUACGACUGUGUCCUCCAUAGACAACUUACCUGUGUUGACAUCCUAUUCCAUGACUGGAGGUUUAGAAGCGAGGAACAAGUUCGAAGACCUCAUUGAGUCUCCAAAAACAUGCCUAAGUCUCUCUGAAAGCCACAAUGUGAGCAGUAAGCUGUAUUCUCCUCCUGACAUUGAGCACAUAAACCUCAGCAGGAAGACCUGGUUACUGGAACCAGCCUAAAUCCUCAGACUAAAAGCACCACCUGGUUUUUAGAAUGUAGUUAACAACAAGUAAUGCUGAACCAGCAAUUCCCUGAAGUAACACUUCAGCCAAAAGUGCAAAAUGUGUAUGGCUAAUGUGGCCCCAGAGAUGGAGCUUUAAUUAAAAUGUACAUCGGGUUGCAGUUUUCCACUGCCUGUAUAUAGGUUGUAUGUAUAUUUAUAUCAUUUACACUUAAUAAUCUGUAAUAAUAAAAAUCUGCAUUCCAUGAAUUUCAUGCAUUUGAUGUUAAAAGGUAAAAUGGGAAUUGUCAGUAAGUAAAAAAGACUACAAAGGUGUCGACCAUGAAAGAGAACUAAUAUGGCUUCCACAGGGGCUGUCAUUCAGGACAACCCAAUCUCUUGCCUUGGAUGACCCAGCUGGUUUGUACAUUAAUGUGAGACCAUUUGAUUUUAAUGGACAUCAGGUAAGGCCCUUUUUCUCAAGUGGCACUGCUGGGAAAUUGAAUACUUAAAGGUUAUCCACCAUUAGGUGAUUUUAGUAUGUACCUGCCAGAAUGUAAUAGCUAUGCUUAGGAAGGAUCUGUGCUUGUCUUGGG